AUGUCAUCAGAAUUACAAACAAAUAGUCUCUACGUGGUAUUAUUCAUCCGCAACGAGCCACCCCAACCGAAUGAUUUCCACUGGGCGCUUUACCUCCACCAAGAUGCUACAAUGGGCGGCAAGAAGUACCACAUCAAAACAGUUGGCCCUGGUUGGAUUCCCGACCAUGGGCCCUGCUCAAAAAUAUCGAAAGAGUUCCUUCUCGUGGGCCUUUUUCGUAUUGCGGACGUGCCUCCCAGCUACCACACCUAUCUUGAUGAAACCCUCAGGUCAUAUGAUGACAAUUUGAACACACCAGGAAAUACGUGUCGCAUUUGGGUGUUAUCUGUCCUGGCUCUUCUUCAGCAGCCAGCGAAUGGUGCCACAAUUUUUGACUGCCAGGAUCUUCCAGCUUUGCAAGAGGAGAUCUUCCAUUGGGGGAAUGCACAUGCUCAAAGUGCAGCAGCCAACAAGCAGCCUCGACCCACCGGAUCUUCGGCACUAUGCGGAUUAUGA